ACAUUUUUUUAUGCUCUUCAAUUUGCCGCAAAAAUCUAAAAAAUCGCAAAAAUGUUGCAAAGAUUCCCGGCACAGACGACGGUGGAGAAUCCCCGCUACGGACAGCUGAUCAUUGGACCUCCUGGCUCCGGAAAGACCACCUACUGCGCCGAGGCCCUCAAGUUCUACCGCGAACUUGGCCGCCAGGUGGGCGUUGUGAAUCUGGACCCCGCCAACGAAAACAUGUCCUACGAACCGGUGCUCAGUGUGAUGGAGCUAAUCACCGUGGAGGAUUGCAUGGAGCACCUGAAACUGGGUCCCAACGGAGCCCUGAUGCACUGCGCCGAGUAUCUGGCCGAUCACCUGGAGGAUUGGCUGUUGCCGGCGCUGCGCAAACUGGGCGCCACCCACAAUUAUUUCCUCUUCGAUUGUCCCGGGCAAAUUGAGCUCUAUACCCAUCACACCGCCAUGGCGCGGGUUUUCGAGCGUUUGGAGCGGGAGCGUUACAGCCUGGUCACCGUGAACCUCAUCGAUUCGCAUUACUGCUCGGAGCCGUCCAAGUUCAUUGCCACCCUGCUGAUGGCCUUGAAUACCAUGCUGCGCAUGAGUCUGCCCCACGUGAAUGUCCUGUCCAAGGCCGAUCUGCUGCGGAAGCACGAGGCCAAGCUGCACUUCAACGUGGACUACUACACCGACGUCCUGGACCUCAAGUAUCUGUUGGACAAGCUGGACGAUGAUCCCACCAUGCGCAAACAUCGCAAACUGAAUGCCGCCAUCUGCUCCAUGGUGGAGGACUACGCGCUUGUUUCGUUCCAACUGCUGGACGCCUUCAGCACGGACAGCAUGCUGCGGCUGCGCAACCACAUCGACAAGGCCAACGGUUACGUCUACAAGGCGGGCGAGGAGCAGACGGUCAACUCACUGCUGGCCUGCGCCGUGGGGGCAGAAACAGAGGCCGCCCGCCAGAGGCACGACAUCCAGCCCUAUGUGGAGUAG